AUGCUUGACGCUGUGUCGGAAUAUCAUCGAUUGGAUUAUUGUCAGUCUCGCUAUGACAGCGACAUUGGAGCUACUGAUGAAUAUGACGACAAACUGAACUACAGUGUGCACGAUGCUUUUUUCGAUAGAGCGCGCGUGCAAAAUUACACUGAAGAGGAACUGUGCGAGAGAGGUAAUCCGUCCGUGGACGCUAAAGUAGAAAGCAUGGGCAUUGACGACGCAUUGACACGCUUGCUGGAAGUUCAAAAGGUAUAA